AUGUCACCCAACGGACAAGCCUUCCUGCUCGACCCAGAUGCACCAGAAGGCCUCACUCGCUUUCCUCAAGCACGAUCAGUGUCAAGCGGCAGUCGAACCAUCUACAUUGCCGGCAUUGCCAGCAUACUGCCUGAUGGCACUGUGACGGGCAUUGAAGAUGGCAAAGUACCUGAUGUUCGAGAGCAGACCAAGACAAUCCUCAAAACGAUCGAUGAAAUCAUCAAAGGCGCCACUGAGGGGAAAGGAGGUGUCCAUAAUCUGAUUGAUGCCGUGGUCUAUCUCACUGAAAUGGAGCGAGACUAUGCAGGCAUGAACGAGAUCUGGAAUACGGUGUUCGAAAGUCGGAUGGUGGCGCCAGCUAGAGCUACGGUUGGCGUGAAGGACUUGCCGGACAGGCGGUUUGUAGUGGAGGUCAAGGGAGUGGCAGUGGUACUAGAAUGA